CCUCACGUGACGCUGCGGUCAUAUGACCUGCUGUUGCUAUUGCUAUGUCGGCAGCUGCUCUCACACACUCUUCCUGCUGCUGACCCAGCUGAACACAACCGACGAGAUGCAGGCCAUGUUUCUGUGUUACUUCCUGUUCUCACUGCUGGGCAGUGAAGCGGCUCCGGGUGCAGACGAGGUGAAGUACCUGCCCGGUCUGCAGAAACAGCCGAGCUUCAGACAGUACUCUGGAUACCUGAGUGUGGCCAACGGAAAACACCUGCACUACUGGUUUGUGGAGUCUCAGAAGGAGCCGUCCUCUGCGCCCGUGGUUCUGUGGUUAAACGGCGGUCCAGGCUGCAGCUCUCUGGACGGACUGCUGACUGAACACGGACCCUUCCUGAUCCAGGAUGACGGCGUGACGCUGCAGUACAACCCGUACUCCUGGAACAAGAUUUCCAACGUGUUGUACCUGGAGUCUCCAGCAGGCGUCGGCUUCUCGUACGCUGAUGAUCAAAACUACGUCACCAACGACACCGAGGUGUCCAUGAACAACUACCUGGCUCUGAAGGAGUUCUUCCGCCUGUUUCCAGAGUUCAGCAAGAACGAACUUUUCCUGACCGGAGAGAGCUACGGAGGAAUCUAUAUCCCGACGCUCGCCGAGAGAGUGAUGGAGGACGAGAGCCUCAACCUGCAGGGCGUUGCCGUGGGAAACGGGAUGUCGAGUUACGAGAUGAACGAUAACUCUCUGGUUUACUUUGCGUAUUAUCACGGGCUGCUGGGGAGUCGACUGUGGAGCGAGCUGCAGACGUUCUGCUGCAAGGGCGGGAAGUGCAACUUCUACGAUAACCACAACCAGAACUGCUCGCUCAGCCUGUCUGAGGUUCAGGACAUCGUCUACAGUUCAGGUCUGAACAUGUACAACCUGUACGCCCCCUGCCCAGGUGGAGUCCGCCAGAGAGUCAGUAUUGAAAAAGGUGAGCUGGUGAUCCGAGACCUGGGGAACUCGUUCAUCAGUCAUCAGUGGACUCAGCUGUGGAACCAGAAGUUACGAGGUCUGGCGUCCCUCCACGGCCUGAACGUCCGUCUGGACCCCCCCUGCACCAACUCCACCCCCUCCUCCCUCUACCUGAACAACCCGUUCGUCAGAGGUGCUCUGCACAUCAGCCCUAAAGCUCUGGACUGGGUCAUCUGCAGCUCUGAGGUGAACCUGAACUACGGCCGUCUCUACAUGGACGUCAGGAAGCAGUACCUGAAGCUGCUGAGUGCGCUGAAGUAUCGUGUCCUGGUGUAUAACGGUGACGUGGACAUGGCGUGCAACUUCAUGGGAGACGAGUGGUUCGUUGAAUCUCUGCACCAGCAGGUGGAGGUUCAGAGACGUCCGUGGCUCUACGACGACGAGGAGGGUCGGCAGGUCGGAGGCUUCGUCAAAGAGUUCGAUAACAUCGCCUUCCUCACCGUCAAGGGAUCUGGUCACAUGGUUCCAACGGAUAAACCAAUCGCUGCGUACGCCAUGUUCUCCAGAUUCAUCACCAGACAACCGUACUGACCUCUGACCUCUGACCUGCUGCUUCACCUUCACGCUGCAUCCAAAUUGUCAAGUACCUACUCAAUCUGUCAGUAGGCAGUACCUACUAUUCAGUAGGCAGAUAUUUGUUCCUACUUCUUCUGAUUCAUUCAGUAUGGAAGUGACGUCAUUUACGUUUCCCGAACCGGCUGCAUUUUUUUUUUUGUUUUGUUUUUUUUUUGUUUAUCUUUAUUCAAGAAGAGUAAUGCUCAUAUACAGUCAGGUAAACAAAAAACAAUAUCACAAUGUAAAUCAAGUAAAAGAUUAAAUAAGUAAAUAACAUACAGUACAUAAAGAACAAAGUAAAGACAGUAAUAUACAGAAUAUAAAAUAAACCAAUAAAGACACAUUUAAAUAGUGAAAUCAUUAUUUAAAUAGAGGGAGAAAGGUUUUAUAAUAAUGCAGAUAUUUGUUAUAUUUUCUGUUGUUAAUUUAAAGUAGUGAUUUCAGUCGGGACUUUAACUCUAGAUUAAAAAUUGAUUCAAUUAAUCCACGCUCGUUUGUUUUGAUUUGGAGGCGCGCGUGACGUGACGAUUUAAGUUUAAAUUCACACAGCAUUGUGGGUAAGAUACAAUUCAUAUCCUGAAAGGAUGCAUGCGAUCCAUACUGCAUGAAACCCAGAAGUUAGUAUCCAUACUGAAAUGUUCAGUAUACUGAGGUGGACCCAAAAAAUGACCACGAGAGUUCAGAAUACUGAAACUCCUACUGAAAAGUACUGACUACUGAACUGUGACUAUUCGGAAAGGGCCUUUGAUUUGAUGGGAUUAUUUUCUUCACACUGCCAGCCAAUCAGCACAGUUCUGCCCUUUUUCUGCCUGGCAACCAGGUUAUUGUUACAGAAAAUUAAGUGUCAACCUCAGCCAAUCACAUUACUCCCACUGGUCUACCUGCUCUAACGGCCGCCAUGGCAACAUGUGGUUGUCGUUGAAACGUGCACUGCCCUACUCCCACUACUCUGAAUGUGAAACUUUUUUUGGGUGUUUGUUGAUUUUUAAAAGGGAAAUAAAAGUAUUAAUCUCAAA